UUUCCCCAGCACUGCUUAUUGGGGUCCAGGAGCUGCAGCUGCAGCGGUCCAGCCACAUUACAUCUUCUCCACCACUUGAUGCCGGUGACCUUGGCUGGCUGACGGAGAUUACCUCUCUCUCAGCCUCGCAUUGGGCUUUUUCCGCUCACAAUGGCAUCUUCAGACGGGCUGGAUGAGGAUUGCGUUUUGCAGCGGGGGAGAUCUCAGAGUGACCCGAGCAGCAUCACCGAGGUCCGCUUGGGUGAAGCGCACAGAGCAGAUGUGAUGGACCAGCAGAGGGCGUUGCAUCCAGGUUGCCUGGUCUCAGGGGUUCGUACGCCUCCCGUCCGUCGCAACAGCAAGCUGGCGAGCUUGGGGCGGAUCUUCAAGCCGUGGAAAUGGAGGAAAAAGAAAAACGAGAAGCUGAAGCCUUCAACGACGGGGGAGAAGAGGGCGGUUGUACGUCAGAAGAGAGAUGACCUCGUCAGGAGGAACCCUGGGGAGACAGAGACAGAGUCAGACGUUGCUUGUGGGGGAAACUCUGAAGAUCCAGACACCCCAAAUCACUCAGACGCUGAGGACCGAGACGAGGAGCUCGUGGCACCUCUGGCCAGCACCAAUGAAGAGCUGGGCAGUGACUUAGAGGCCUCCACAGUGCAAGACCUGAGUGAAGAUACAAAGACAGUGGGAGACCCCAGUCAGAGCGAGGAUGGAGAAGACGAGAGCACGUCAAUGAGCGACCCCAUCGACGAGCAGCCGACCGUGAAGGUGGAGUCUGUCGAAGCCAAACCCGAGGCGACAGGACCCCUGCCUCCGAGACGAGCCAGCACCUCUAUUCCCCCCAACAAGCCGGUCAAACUGCUCACCAGACUCGGCAGCCUGGACGGUGCUCCUCGGGUGCCGGUUAAGAAGUCCCCAGCCACCCUACCCAGGAACUUCACACUUCCCAAAGACCCCCAUGGAUCCCUGUUGAGGGCCAGGAUGUCCACACCCACUGGGUCCCCGCACCUGGGGACACUACACCAACAACUGCCCCCUAGCUGUAUUAUUGAGGAACUGCACCGCGCCCUGGCCAGCAAACACAGACAGGACAGUUUUCAGACAAAGGACUCGCGCUCAUCUCUGAAGCGGCGGCUCGACGGCCGUCUGUCCCGCUCGUCCAGCACGGAGAAGGAGCCGGCCGGGGAGUCGGAGAGCAAGAAGGAGUCGGACGAGAACAAAGAGAACUGGCGUCUGAACGAAUACUUGAGCGACCAGGACAGCUGGAACGACUCUGUGAUCUCCGGGACCCUCCCGCGCAGGAUGAGGAAGGAGCUGCUCGCCGUGAAGCUUCGGAACCGACCCAGCAAGCAGGAGCUGGAGGAUCGCAACAUCUUCCCCGUCCGCAGCGAUCAGGAGCGUCAGGAAAUCCGCCAGCAGAUCGAGACCAAGCUGGCCAAGAGACUGAGCCAGAGACCGGCAGUGGAGGAGCUGGAGAGCCGGAACAUCUUAAAGCAAAGGAACGACCAGACCGAACAGGAAGAGAGGAGGGAAAUCAAACAGCGGCUGAACAGAAAGCUGAACCAGCGGCCGACAGUAGACGAGCUGCGGGACAGAAAGAUCCUCAUUCGUUUCAGUGACUACGUGGAAGUGGCCAAAGCUCAGGACUAUGACAGGAGAGCCGACAAGCCCUGGACCAGACUCUCAGCUUCUGACAAGGCAGCGAUACGCAAGGAGCUUAACGAGUUCAAAAGUAACGAGAUGGAGGUUCAUUCUUCGAGCAAGCAUCUGACGAGGUUCCACCGGCCUUAGCAAGGUUUCUUCUGUGAAGAGUUGCUGAUUUCUGGUUACUGUCAGUGAAGGCUUUGCACGGAGUCUUCCAUCGGCCUGGCCCACAGUCAGUGGGUGUCCUGUUUUCUUUUUUUAAUGUCCAGCAAACCUUAGAGGCUAUGUCUCUGGAAAUGGAGCUGCGGGUGGACGAGGACGCAUGCAGAACGCUCCACUUCUGCUCAGAGGAACACGACCUUAAGCCUCGCUUCACCUCGUCAGCGGUGGGGCAGGAGGAAGCAAGCUCGUGCAUUCGCCAUAGACAAACGGAGACCUUUUUUUGUAAACAGACUCUUUUGAAAGACAUUCUUUUUGAUGCUACCACAGAGGGGAAACGUGCAUGUGACCGAGUCGCCCAGUCCCACUCCAGUAUCAGUAGUCACAUCCUCGAGCUGUGUCUGAGUCUCACCGACUCAGUAGAUGACGCGUUUCAUAUCAACGGUGUAAACAGAAACCUUGUCUGUGUAAAAAGACAAAAAUCCCUUUGUAAGCACUAUUUAUUGUCUGCACAAUACAAGUUUUCAAUUUGUA